CCCGCGCGCACGCGCCCACGGCCACGGCCACGUCCCGCCGCGAGAGGGGGCGGAGCGAACGUGCGCGGCGGGCGCGCGUAGGCUCCGCGACCUAGCUUGUAGCCGCCUGCGCGGAUCGGCGUCCGCGGCGGGCGGCCGCUGAGCACUGGAGCACUUGGAGCACUUGGUCCCUGCGGCGCUGGAUGCCAUGAGUUGCUAGAAGUGAGCCUGUCUUUUCAGCUGCCUGGGGGCACAGUGUCGGGGGCACAGAGCCAUGUCUGACCUGCUCCUCCUAGGCCUGAUUGGGGGCCUGACCCUGCUGCUGCUGCUGACACUGCUGGCCUUUGCCUGGUACUCAGGGCUGCUGGCUGGGGUGACAGUGAGUGCCGGCUCACCCCCCAUCUGCAAUGUCACUGUGGCCUACAAGUUCCACAUGGGGCCCUACAGCGAGACUGGGCGGCUGUUCACCGAGAGCUGCAGUGUCUCCCCCAAGCUCCGCUCCAUCGCCGUCUACUACGACAACCCCCACAUGGUACCCCCUGAGAAGUGCCGCUGUGCAGUGGGCAGCAUUCUGAGUGAGGGUGAGGAGUUACCCUCCCCUGAGCUCAUCCAACUUUACCAGAAAUUUGGCUUCAAGGUGUUCUCCUUCCCAGCACCCAGCCAUGUGGUGACAACCACCUUCCCCUACACCUCCACCCUGUCCAUCUGGCUGGCUACCCGCCGUGUCCAUCCUGCCCUGGAUGCCUACAUCAAGGAGCGGAAGCUGUGUGCCCACCCUCGGCUGGAGAUCUACCAGCAAGACCAGAUCUAUUUCAUGUGCCCACUGGCACGGCAGGGAGACUUCUAUGUGCCUGAGGUGAAGGAGACAGAGCGGAAAAGCCGGGGGCCUGCGGAGGCCAAUGACACCCAGAUGGAUGGCACAGGAGCUGAUACGAUGAGUGACACAAGUUCUGUGAGCCUGGAGGUGGGUCCUGGCAGCCGGGAGACUUCAGCUACCACACUGUCCCCUGGGGUGAGCAGCCGUGGCUGGGACGACGGUGACACCCGCAGUGAGCACAGCUAUAGCGAGUCAGGCGCCAGUGGCUCUUCCUUUGAGGAGCUGGACCUGGAAGGCGAGGGACCCCUAGGGGAGCCAAGGCUGAGCCUUGAGGCUGAGCCCCUUGGGGCUUCCAAGUGGCCCCGGGAACCUAGUACUCCUGAGAAGGGUGAGGAGUAGCCCUAGGCCCGCACCCUCCUGGGGUGCAUUUGCUAAGGAACUGAGAAGACUCUCCAGUCCUCUUCCUCCUUCACCUCUCAGGCCCAGGCUGGGGCCAGGGGUCUCGGGGGGACCUGAUUUCCACUGCCCCGGGCCCUAGCUAAGCCUUCUUACUGGCCUCUCGGCUCCCGGGGCCAAAGGAGCCAGGGACUGUAUUCUGCACCCAGACCCCGGGGCUACCGCCCCUCUGACAUGUUUUUUCAGAGUCACAUUGGAGCUUCCAGGACUCAGAAUAAAGCAAAAGAUUUUCUCGUUUCA